CAUAUCAACCUUACAUCCCACCAGAGUUAUCCAUUAUAAAAAGUAUUAACCUUGUGUCACGCAACUAGGAAGCCAGUAUCUAUUGAAUCGUGUCUGAAAAUGAUUAAAACGGAACUUGAAUCUGGUCUCAAGGCCACUGAAGGCACGGGCACCGACUCGGAUCCAGACGUGAUUUACGAUCAAAUCGGAGGAUUCGGGAAAUUCCAAUCUUUCAUUUACAUUCUACUUUGUCUUCCAUUGAUAUUCAUCGUGUGUUGCAAUUUCAGCUAUAUUUUCAUAGCGAGCGACAUGGAAUACAGAUGCUUUAUUCCAGAGUGCGACGUUGGUGACGGGAAUGGUACAUUCGAAUGGACGACCAGAGCAGUUCCUUCUGUCGAUGGGAAACUAUCGAAAUGUGAACGAUUCAGGCCGGUUUCGGUUAAUGAAACUACCGAUUCGGUUUGUCGUUGGACUUUUAAUCGAUCUGAUGUAGUUACUUGCCAAGACUUUGUGUUCCAGCCACAUGAACAUUUUCUUUUGAAUGAGUUUAAUUUAACGUGCGAAAGUAACGAGUGGAAAUUGUCAAUUGUGGGCUCACUGGCUAACACUGUAGAAUGUAUUGCUUUACCAUUUAUUGGAUUGAUUGCAGACAAAUACGGACGACGACCUACACUCAUUGGAUCUAUUGUUUUGGUAUCAGUCAUUGGAAUUGCCAAAACAUUCUCAACCAACUAUUUGACCUUCAUGAUUUUGCAUUUGAUCGGUGCUUUGUUCGGUGGCGGUGCCUUCAGUUUAAUAUUUGUUUUUGGUUCAGAAGUCGUUGGGCCAAGUAGUCGUGGUCUGGGCGCUGCUGUCAUAUCAAAUGCUGUCUCAGCCGGUCAGAUGUUAUUGGCAGUAGUGACUAUGUUCAUCUCCGAUUUCCGAGUGCUAUUAAGGUUAUUGUACGGAUUGGUCGCGUGUACUUUAACAUUUAUUUGGCUAGUACCGGAAAGUGUCCGGUGGCUGUUUAGUAUCGGGAAAUACGCUGAAGGAGCGAAGAUAUUAGAAAAGGUUGCAAGAUGGAACGGAACAGAAAUGCCAGUCGACACUUUGACUGAUUUAAAUAGCCGAAAUAAAAGCGACUUACUGCUCGGCACACGCGAAGUAAUAGAAAAGGAUGACAAUCAACAUUCAGUGGUAGCAGCAUUGAAAUCACCAAUUCUACGAAACAGACUACUAAACUGCUGUUAUUGUUUCUUUACGAACGCUUUGAUAUACUUUGGACUAAGUGUUUAUUCGUCUAGUUUGCCGGGAGACAAGCACAUGAAUCUUUUAUACGCUGGGACUAUAGAACUCCCUGGAAAUGCUGCGACUCAUUAUGUGCUGCAGAGAUAUGGUCGUAAAUGGUCAUUAAUAGUUACAAUGAUUGUUUGCUCAGUGGCUUGCGUUGGAUCGGAACUUCUAUCUGGUUCAGUGAUGCAAAUUCUGCUAUUUUUGGUCGGGAAAUUUGCGGUCGCUUUGUCAUACACCAUUCUAAAUCUGUAUGCAAUCGAACUUUUUCCUACCAAUCUUCGGCAAAGCAUGUUCAACAUAUGCAUGGUAUUUGCUGGUUGUGGAAAUAUUGUAGCGCCGCUAUUACCGCUUUCGAAAAGGUUCCUACCUUCUCUUCCGCUUAUAUUGUUUGGUGGAACUUCGCUUUCUUCAGCUUUGUUGGUUUUGCUACUGCCAGAGACCCGAAACAAACCUAUGCCAGACACAAUAGAAGAGGCAAUCAACAUUUAGAUACAAAAAAUUGGAGUAAAGGCCACAUUAAGAGUCUUCG